AUGGAGGCGAUUCUGUCGAAUAUCAGUCUGCACGAGGUAAGCCGCCGACGACCCACUUCAAAACUCAUCUUCCUCUUCCUGAUCGUCCCCCCCCCCCGCCCGUGCCCUCAAUGGUACGGGGGUGUAUGGGGCAUGACACGGGGCGAAAAAAGAGGAGUGGUUGCUCCUUCUCCCUCUUCUCCUUUUCCUCCUCGGCUAAUCACAUUUUCAUUCGCCGAAAAGGAUUUCCGGCCCCAUACUUUGUCGAGUUUCAGGCGGUUACCGAUCCGCUCAUUGUCGCCAUGCUCCAAGAGCACAAUGAGGAGCCGGCGGCCGUGCUCAACGAUACCGUAUUCCUGGUGAGUUGUGGCCCAGUUUUUCCGCCGCGCUGGUUAAUGCAAACGCGCUCCAUUGAGAAAUCACUGGGAUUUUGGUUGCGCGCGCACUUUGAAACCUCUCGAAUUGUGUCUAAUGACGAGCAAAAGCCCACAAAAUACUGGCAACGCGUCAUAAAAUUAAAAUGGGCAAAAGUUCAAUAAAACAUUGGUCGGUUUCAUGUCGUUUGACUGACAAAUUAGAAAAAAAAACGUUCGAGCGGCACUGAAAACAAUUGUAAUUGGGUGAGAGCAUUUUGCAAGACGCUCAUGAAAUAUGGAUGCAUUUUUGGUAUAAGUUUGCCGGACGGCACACUUUCUUUUACACCCAUUCUCUUCGCACACUUCCGCCUAGAAUGCGAACGCGCUCCGCUGCACUUUUACAGGUAAACGCGGGUUUUUCUUCGACUAAAAGUGACUUUCAGAACUUGACGAACAUGUCCGACUACCAGCUGAUUCGACGUGUGCCGUACUACGAAAACUACAGCCAAGAGUCGGUGAGUGUAGUGUUCUUGUUCCCUCUCUUUUAGACCACCAUUUAUAAAUAUUUCUUGGCUCCAGGAUGCGAUUAUGUGCUCGCAAAUCGUCGUGCACCGCACUCAUUGUCCACCGGUUUUCUUUGAGUCCGAAUUCGAAUACUUUUCCAUUUCCGGUUCGUGUUGCGGCGUCCGACACGCCACAAUGUGUAGGCCGGCGCGGCGGCGCUCGUCCGGCCCGUCGAUAGCUCAGUUGGUAGAGCGGAGGACUGUAGAGUGCAGGUGGUUAUCCUUAGGUCGCUGGUUCGAAUCCGGCUCGACGGAUUUCUUUUUGUUUUCUUCUUCUGCCAACGGAAUCAAAAAUUUGAAGUCACCAGGACGACUGACACAUAUGUAUAUAUAAAACUAAUUUGGGUGGAGGAGGAGAAAGAGCAAAGAGGGGCACACAAAAGGAAGGAAGGAAGAGGAGGAGUGAAGAAAAGAAGAAGGAAGAAGGCGUCAAAGUUCGAGACGUGAAGUGCCCUCUAUCUUUUCCCUUUUUGAUAGGUCUCAUUGCUUUGACUAUGAGACUACAAUUUCGCCUAGAAAACAAAAAAGUUCUGACUCUGGAUAUUGUGUUUAUAUUGCAGCUACAGUAUGUUCUUGCUCAAAGACCUUUCCCCUCAAAUCCUUUUCCGUUUCCCUUGACGCUCUCAUCCCAUUAAACCGCCAACACUCCGCCCAUUUUUUUCCCUUUCCUCCCGUCUUUUCAUUGUUUUUAUUUCCAGGGCGGUCAAAAACAUUUCAGUUCGGCUUUUAUGAGUUCAUCCAAAAGGAUUACCCAGGAAUAUGACGAAAAAUGGGUUCAACUUAAUCCUCCACCUCAUUUCCUGACGAUUCGAGUCUAGUCAUCGAAUCAGUCGCAAAUCUAAUCUGUUCUUUGAAUAGAUUUUGGUACAGACAUUUGGCAGGCUUCUCUUUUUUUGUUUUCCUUUUUGACAUUUCGCCGAACGCACUGAAAUUGUUCGACGACGACGCGGUGUUUUCGGAAAUUGACAAAUCGCGCUCUAUUCUCCAUUUUUCGCUGAAACGCCCGCCGAAUUCGAUUUUUUCGCAACUUUUUGUGUGAAACCCCGCAAAAAAUGUAUUCGAAUGCGGCGAAACCCGUAUUUCUGCGAAUAUUUCCACGAAAUUUGAAUAUUCGCCUGUUUUUGACUGCAAUUUGAGCGAUAAAGCGUGAUUUUCUCAUUUUCGAAGCUUCUCGCCAAGAUUAUUCGGAAAAGUUUCUGAAAUGUUUGCCCUGCGCCUUUAAUGUUACCGUAUGCCGCGCAUAAUCGACUUUUCAAAUUUUCUACUCGAAAAACUACUUUUUCCAUUGAAAUAAGCUAGUACAGGCCGGCAAACCAUUGAAAUAAGCUAGUACAGGCCGGCAAACGCACGAUUUUGGGGAAAAAAUUGCCCUAGAAAUCAUGCUCUCAAAGUUUAGUUUUAAAACCGGGAAGGAUCGGACCGUGACAAGUCUGGACUGCUCUCCAAACAAAAAUUGUAGUCCGAACUCUCCACAACCACAUUUUCAGUCGUCGACAAUAUUUUUGUAGCACGUGGAAAUGCGUCGAAUACGGAACUCGCGGAAAAUCCGUGUGAACCGUCAAAUCAUGUCCAAAAAAUAAACAGCAACGAAUUCUCACGAUUUCUCUCCAUUCACACCUCUUUCUUUUGCAUGUAUCAACACUUUCUUUGCCGCUGCAUUUCUCCCGCUCGACUCGGCUCAAUCUCGUUUGCUCACAGGUCCCGCCCAUUUUGUGCUGGCGCCCGAACAUCAUCCACUCUUCUUCUUCUUCUUCUUCUUCUUCUUCUCCUUCUUCGGGUGGGCAACAUGCCAUCGGUUAGUUGCGCAUUUGCCACGUCACACAAUCAGGUUAAGUGCACACACACACACACAGAAUCUCGCGCCUGACCCACCUAAAUUCGAUUGUUUCUUCGUCUUCUUCUUAGGGUUUUUCCUUUGCUUUUCUUGUCUGAAUAACAGGGACCAUAUCGAAGAGAAAUUAGCGUUUUUAUUUGUUUUCAGUGUUUAGAAAUUAUUUAUUCGAUUGACCGAGAGAAGUCUUCGCAAUUCCUCUUCCUGCCUAUAAAACAGAGUGCGCAUUUUUUAUUAAUAAAAACACAUUUUAUAAGUGCAUGCUCCACUUUGAGCGAUUUUACGAGCGUGCGUUCUCGGUUUUUGAGAACUAAUGCAAAUGCGCUCUAUUGCGAACAAAACUGCAUGAGCAUUUUUUACAAAAAUUCAGCGUUUCGCGAUAAAAACUGAAGAUGCAUUCCUCGAUUGAUGUCAGAAUGCGAGAGACUUUUGAAAUUCAAAAGCGUUUUCCGGGGAACUAUUUCGUUGAAGCACUCCUCAUCGAGUUCUCCGACGACACAACGAGUCACGUCUUCUUUUUUUAUCUUGAAAAGAGAUGGACACAAAUCCGAUAUAUAUCACUCUCUCUCUCUCUCUCUCUUCCCCGAUGCCCUCCGGCUACUGUUUCCCGCAUCAAAAUUGGCUUACUUACUACUACUCCGUCAGCGGAAAACACGAUCCGCACAUUUUUUCCUGGCGCGCACACGUUUCAAGUGAUCGCCGCUGCUUCGAUUCCAGCCUGAGGCACCACAACGUUUUGGGGCAUUUUGCUUUCGUGCUCACUUUCAUUUUACUUCCGGAACGAACUACCUCUCCCCAAAUUUUGCCGCUUCAUCGAAACUUGACGUUAAAGUUGACAAACUUGGGAUAUAUAGGCUCGACGGAAUCAAAGAAAGAAAAAGAAAGAGUUUGCGGCCAUCAGAAACCAUUCCAUCAAUUAUUCGUUUCGGUCCGAUUCAUCAUGCUUCAGUAUCCGAUUACAAUGUCUCGAGGGACCGCCAAACUUUCCUUUUUCACAGCUCAUCAUACGUGCGCCACUUGCUCUUUUUUUCCAAGUGUGUGUGUGUGUGUGUGUGUGUGUGCAUACACCGAAACUUUUUUCCGGGAAGAAAUGCCGAAAGUGCACGUCUUUUUAAUUAUUACUCCCCACCACCACCACCGCCGCCCGAAUCUCAUCAAUGAUGGCGACGACAAAACAAACAGCGGUCCGGUGUACGAUCAUUUCCUACAACUCACUAGACGCGGGUCCGAGGUUCACUCAAAACUUUUCCAAAGAGCCGUGUUGUUUCCGGCGUACCACCCAGCCCAGCCCAGCCCAACCCGAAAUCCAAUUUUGGUCACUUCAUCCACUUUUUUAUGCAGAUGGCGACGACGGCGGUGUUCCUGUGCGGACAUCUCGGCGCGCUCUCCGUCAUUCUCAACCUCUUCGUCAUCAUUGCGCUCAUGCGACACCGCCAUCGGGUCCUUUCCAACGUCUUCUACGUCAUCGUGCUUCACUGCGCCAUUCUCGACGUCGUUCGAGGAAUUUGUCUUAUUGUGAGUCUAGCCGUCUUCUUUUUUUUUGUCAAUUUGUCUUACCUGUGGCUCUACUAGAAAUCUCUCAUUUCAGAUGUACGGUCUUCCAUACUUUGCGAAUUCGAUUUACAAAAUCAAUCUCGACAUCACCACGCGAAUCAGUUUGUUCCGAGUGAGUUCACUUUACGUUCAUCUGGGUGCAUCCCAAACUUGUCAUUCAUCAAUUAUGGAUUCGUAAUAGCUUUCCAAAAAAAAUGACGAGAAACUCGUCUACAGGCGUCGACAUUCGCGCUGGUGGUUCUGCGCAUCUGUAACCUCCUCACCAUCUUCAAUCUGCUCGUCUUCACCACCAACGAGUACAUCGUCAUCCGCUAUCCGCUUCAUUACCGCCGUUACUUCCGACGCAAGUUUGUCCUCAUCAUCCUCGCAAUCUGGUGAGCCCCCGCGCGCGCGCUUCGAGAAACGAGGGAGUAGAGUCGUGAUUUCAGUUGGAUUGUGAGCACAGUGAUGGGCUGCGGACUGCUCAUUCCGUCCUCCAACUCGGCCUAUCUCAGAAGCCAUUCGGAUUAUGAGCACGAGGAGAGAGGCAUCGAUUUGGCGACGCUCACGCUCGUCCUCAUUUCGGUGCUCUGCUUCGUCACUCUGGGCAUUGUUGUGGUUAGUCAGAUUUAGGUGGUGGCCUCAAAAAACACGAUCGAUACAGGUUUGCUACUUGUCAAUUCUGCGAACGAUUCGAAAGUUCAAAGACGAAGGAUGUCUGAACAACGACGAGUCGCACCGCAUUCACAAUCGUUCGAUACACCGUCCGAUCAACGGACAGGGCUCGAAUUGCUCCACGGGCAGCAGGUGAGUCGUCGCCAUCACGCGACCGUACCCGAAGAACGACUUCCAGUCUCAGGGGUUCAAAGUGGCGGAGUGUGCAGGCGAUGUCGCGUCACAAGUACAUCUACGUGAUCGGCUCGGUGCUCAUCGUCGACCUGCUCUUUCUGUGCCCCUACUCGGGCAUCCAGAUGGUCGCCUUCCUGCACAUCAACAAUCUCAUCGAGAUCACGCACGGCAGCACGCUGAUCCGCUGGUGGCUCCAGGUGCUCAUCGGCGUGCAUUCGGUGUGUCAGCCGUUGUGCUACUUCCGAAUGACCGAGUUCCGGCGGCUCGCGUGCUGCAAUCCGCGCCGGCCCUGGAAUCGAUCCAAGAGCUUUUCGCAGAUGAAUAAGAGUUUUGGUAAGGAGGACGGAGAGGGGGGGUUCAGUUUAAUAAAUUAUUAUUUUCAGCCAACACUCGCUCCAAUAUCAAGGAAGAGGAGAUCGGAAUGAAUGCGAACGGAGGUGGUGACGUGGCGCCCAGUGAGCCGUUACUCAGAAACGGCGAUACAACGCCGGUUCGUCCAAUACAAAUCCUUGUUAGGCCUUCCAGAGAUGUUCUGAUUUACAGUCCCGACGCUCGCCAACCAUCGCGUGGACCCGUGGCGAAUCCGUUCGCUUCCGCACCUACGGAAAUGAUUUUGCACAUGUAGGCUCGCCAACAAAAUGUGCAUUCAUAGUCUGCUCGAACUUUCAGCACACUCCAACAAAACCGAACGGAGGAGCCAAGGAGAGUUCGCCGAUCGAAAUGGAGCUUUUCCCGAUUUCGACGGGCUCCGCGAGCACCAGUGAUGUCGGAGAGCCGACUUUUGUCGAUGACACUCCUCUCGUUCAGGAACUUUAA